AUGGCUUGGAUCCGAGUGAUAUUUCGUCAUCACUAUGCUGUUCCUCCACGGUUAAACCAAAAAGACGAAAGCAGUAAUGGUAGCCUAAGUGAAUCAACAACUCUUGAGCCAGCUGUCGAAUUAGAUGCGUAUCUGAAUGAUCUUUUGCAUGCAAGUUUUUCUUAUUAUUGGUUUAAUUCUCAGCUGCACAUGUUAAAAAAAUUAGUCAAAUGCAUCGUCUCCAUUCAAGCAUCUUCAGCACCUAUCGAACGCGUCUUUUCACAAGCUGGUAUCAUAUUUACAAACAAGAAAACAAACUUGAGCGAAAAAUGA